AUGGUGGGUGGUGUGUUCAGCAUAUAUAUACCCCGCUCUUUUAGUCCCCCAUUCUUGCCCACCUACAUAUCUACCCCUCCUCAAACUCUCACCCCUUCCACUAUCGUGAACUUCAACUUACACUCUCACCUUUUUACUCAAACCAAACAACCAACAACCCGCAAACACUUCAAGUAA